GCGUGCUUGUGGCCAGACAGCAGGAGAGGUCGAGAGAAUGCUGGGACUGUGGAGCUCGCGCCAAGGGGCUUGGACACGAGCUGGGCUUUCCGGUGAUGGAGAAGGGCCGGUCUGUUGACGGUAUCCAUGGUACCCUCCAGUGUUGCAGUGAGCUCCAGAACAGUGACCAGCCUGUAUGAGAGAUCAGCAGCCUGCUGUAGUGGAACUGGGACUGUCUAGAACCACCAGUGACAGAGAUGAAUGGCAGAGAGUAAAACAAAUCCAAAGACAUAAGGAGCACCGAGGACAAGAAAGACGCCACCUCGUUACAUACUUGUUUUUAUUUCUGGCCAUGUAGCUGCCGUGUUUCUACAUUAAAACCCAGCCGUCAUCAGAGCAGGAUGCAUGGCAGUGCCAAGAGCACCGGGCACGGAGAGGGCAGCUCCGCACGAUCAACAAAGUUACAGAAGAACCCGAAGCAGGGUUACCGUAAACUGGGCGUGGCUAGUGGGUCAGGGGCAAAGUCAGCUGGGACAGGGUCAGGGGGUAAAACCUUGUCUAUGGAGAACAUCCAGUCCCUGAAUGCAGCCUACGCCACCUCCGGCCCCAUGUACCUGAGUGACCGCGAUGCCUUGGCCUCCUCCGGUGGCUACCCUAAAGGAACCAUGACUCUGGGCCGAGCCACCAGCAGGACUUCCUACACGGGCCGGGCCACAGCCAUGGGCAGCAGCCCCAACAUCACCACCACAUCAGAUGGCCAGGACUACGGGGACCAGAGCCACACCCAGCACCUCCAGACAGGGGGGCCCUCAGGGCUGCUGAGGCAGGCUGGACGGGGUGGAGGAGGAGGGGGAGAGGACAUCCAGGCUCAGCUUAGGGAGCUGCAGAGAGAGAAUGAACUGCUGAGGAGAGAGAUGGACAGAGGGAGGGAUGGGAGGGUGGGGAGGGAUGGGAGAGAAGGGAGGAUGAGCUCUUCUGUCAACAGUGGAAAGCACUUCUGGAGCCCGGAGGUGAAGAGUCGAGACAGAGGGAUGAGGAAAGAGGAGGGAGCCCUUACGUCCAUCCUGAAGGAACAGAAGUGGGCCUCUCCAGAGGAGGACCAGCACCUCCAGUUGUCAGUGCAUGGGCUACAGGAAGAGCUGAGAAGCCAUAGAGAGAUGAACAGUCGUCUGCAGCAAGAGAACUCGGGGUCUCACACAAACAUCUCCACUCACACCGGCUCGAACCGAGACCUCCAUAUCGAGGACCACCGGGCAGGCAUCAGCCCUGGACACAGCCCUGGUCUGGGCCCCAGUCACCUCCACAGCCCUGGGCAAAGACACAGCCUUGGCCCUGGCCUAGGAGCCAGCCCCAGACACAGCCCCAAUAACACCUACAACCCUGGGUCCAGAAACAGCCCUGUCCAUCCCCACAGCCCUGGAUAUAACUCUGGGCCUGGCCCCAGACACAGCCCUGGAUAUAACUCUGGGCCUGGCCCCAGACACAGCCCUGCUAACACCCUCAUCCUCGGGCCUAGAAACAGCCCCAGCCACCUCAUCCACAGCCCUGGCCGUUGCCUCAGCCCUCCCAGCAGCCCCUGCAUGGUCCCUGGGUGCGAUGGCUUCUCCUCUCCCCCUCCCCUGGAUCUGACGGAGGAGAACUUCAUCCGGCUGCAGUCGGAUCACGAGCGUCAGGGCAAGGAGCUGUACCUGCUGAGGAAGACCCUGGAAGAGAUGGAGCUGAGGAUUGACUCCCAGAAACAGACGCUGGGGGCCAGGGACCAGUCCAUCCAGAGGCUGCUGGAGAUGAUCCAGGGAGGAGGGAGGGGCCAGAGAGGCGAGAGGUCAGAGAUAAUCACCAUGGCAACGGCACGUGAGGAGGCAGAGUCCCAGCUGGGUCGUCUGGAGGAGCAGCUGGACCAGAGGGAGAAAGAGAACCUGCAUCUGAGAGAGGAGCUGCACAGGAGGAGCCAGCAGGACCCCACCAAGACUAAGGCCCUGCAGACUGUCAUUGAUAUGAAGACCACACCCCCUUUCUGUUUUGAUCCUGACGUGAUCUGGCAGGACACUAAGAUAUCGUCUCUGGAGAGGAACAUCCGAGACCUGGAGGAUGAGGUCCAGUUGAUGAAGACAAGUGGGCUGCUCCACCCUGGCGACCGCCUGGAUGAACUCAAACACAUGGAGGUCUACAAGAGCCACUCCAAGUUCAUGAAGAAACAGGUAGACCAGCAGAAGCAGGAGCUGAAUAAAAAGGAAUCAGAGAUGCAGGCCCUUCAGACCAAACUGGAUGCUCUGACCAACCAGAACUCAGACUGCAAACAGCACAUAGAGGUGCUCAAAGAAUCACUCAGCGCCAAGGAGCAACGCUCUACCACACUGCAGACAGAGGUGGAUGCGUUGCGUGUGCGUCUGGAAGAAAAGGAAUCGUUCCUCAGUAAGAAGACCAAGCAGCUCCAGGACCUGACAGAGGAGAAGGACACGCUGGCCGGAGAGAUCCGUGACAUGAAGGAUAUGCUGGAUGUUAAGGAGAGGAAGGUCAACAUCCUGCAGAAGAAGAUAGAGAAUCUUUUGGAGCAGUUAAAGGACAAGGACAAGCAGCUGGCAGGUCUGCGAGACCGAGUCAAGGGUCUCCAGACGGACUCCAGCAACACAGACACAGCACUGACCACGCUGGAGGAGGCCCUGUCUGAAAAGGAGCGAGUGAUUGAGCGAGUGAUUGAGCAGAAGGAGCGGGAGGACAGGGCACGGCUGGAGGAGGUGGAGAGGAUGAGGAAGGAGAACCAGGAGCUGAAGGAUAGACUCUCCAUCCUGACGACACACACACCUGGGUCACAGAGUAUGGAGGAGUCAACCAGGAAGCUGUUAGAGGUCAGCGACAGGAUCAAGCUGCUGGAGCAGGAAGUGACACGCUACCGAGAGGAGUCUGGGAAGUCCCAGGCCGAGGUGGAGAGGCUCAUGGGUAUCCUGAGAGAGCAAGAGACGGAAAGAACCAACAAGGAGAAGAAAAUCACUGAGCUGGAGAGGCAAGUGAAGUGUCCAAACAUCCUUAAACAGAUGGUUUCAGGGGAGAGGAGGCCAGAUGGACUGACAGACGGACAUCCACACUCCAUCUCACAGCUGGAGGAGAUGAUGAACGCCCUGGAGAAGACCAGACAGGAGCUGGACACCACCAAGCAGCGCCUCUCCACUACCCAGCACUCCCUGCAGGAGCGGGACGGUCACCUGACCAACCUGAGGCUGGAGAGACGCAAACAGCUGGAGGAGAUACUGGAGAUGAAGCAGCAGGCUCUUCUAGCUGCGAUCAGUGAGAAGGAUGCUAACAUAGCCCUGCUGGAACUGUCCUCCUCUAAACGGAAGAAAUCACAGGAUGAGGUGAUGUCACUGAAGAGAGAGAAGGACAGGCUCAUGCACCAGCUCAAACAACAGACCCAGAGUAGGAUGAAGCUCAUAGCAGACAACUAUGAUGAAGAACAUCUACACUCUCAUCAUCCUCACCAUCCUCACCACCCCCACCCGGGGGUACACCCGGCUCACCCAGCACUCCCGGCACACACACACCACCGGAGCCCUACAAGAGGACCACCCCACGCCAACCACAGACCCCCAAUGGACCAGGACGAUGAGGAGGGCAUCUGGGCAUGACCGUCACCAUGGGAACUGAAGCUCCACUCACGAGGGCUGCUGGUGAGCCGGGCCUUGAACCAAACACACACUCCUGUUCAUGCUGGUGGAGCAGCUCUACUGAUCCAGGGGCCAGACUGACUGCAGCAGAGUCCCAGGAUCCUGCCCACCUGCCCUGGUUGAAGACAAUUCUUUACCCGCCUUCCGUUGCAGAGAUGCUCUCUUUCCUCCCAGUGUUUGACAAUCAGAGAGCAGAAACUCGUAAAGUCCCACGAGCUCCGAGGCACAAUUGGACAUGUAAUCCUGACUGUUAUACACUGAGGAACUAUGGCUUUAACUCUCCAACUGUCAACCAAUCAUCUCACUGCCCCUGCCAGGUUCACUGACCGGCUGAUCAAUCCUAGACAACAAACUAGUCAGCCUAAAAACCAGAAGGACCAAUCAGGAAGGACCAUUGAGAGUGACCAAACAUACUUUUUUUUGUGUGUUAUUUUUUAAGAUAGUUUGUGAGCCCUUGAAAGUCUAUGGGAGAGAGCAAAUCCUGAUGUGGGUUUGUUUACGUAGCCACAUACGGAUAGCAUUAGCAUGGUCCACAGCAUGGACCUCAGAUCCACAUGGACCUUCUCAAUGUACUGUGCCAAAGGAACCACUCCCUGUCAGCAGAGAGACACUGAGAGGGGAACCGGGUUCCAAUUACUCUAGAACCCUCAAAGAGAACCCAGAGAAGUGUUCUGUGUAGGCUACCUUUCUCUGAAUGUUCUUAAGUCUGGAAACACUCCUGUCAUCCUAUCACUGGACAGCUCUCUUGGUUGACAGUGCUCUAGGUAGUCGAUGUCCAUAGGAACUGAUCUAGGAUUAGUGCCCUUUCUAAAUCCUAACCUUAACUAUCAAGUGGGAAAACAAAACUGACCUCAGACCAGUGUCUAGGGGCAACUUCGUCCCUCUCCGAGUGGAGGGUAUAAACUGUGACCAAACAAAACCCUCUGAGGAAAUCAAACUAUUAUAUGUUUAUAGUUUUUUUUAUUUUCUCUUGUGUUUUUUUCUCUCCCUGCUGUACUUUGUUUGACUAACGAGUAUCAUGUUGUGUUUGUUUUUCUACAUCUGAAACAGAUUGAGUACUGUUCUCUUUGAGGUUUGUAUCAGUUGUGUGUUUCUGCUUGUGGGUGUUGUUUUAUUUAGUAGUUUAUUUAUUGAGUAGUUUAAUUGCAUCAUGCAUUGGACUGGCUGUUUUAGGUAUCCAUAUUGAAGUCAGCACUCCCCGAUCACCAUUUUGGAAUCAGAGAUCCCUUAAAGCAGAGUGCUGCUUUAAGGGACCGUCAUCUCAAAGAGUUGUCUAUACAUAUCAGUUUACCAGUGAGGAUGUCGUGGUGUUUGAAGGUGACAUAAUGCAUCAUGAUCUCCGUUCUCCUGAACCAGCAGUAAGUGUUUAGCUUGUACGGUUUUCUGUGUGUGUGUUUAGCUUGUGCAGUUUUCUCUCUCUCUCUCUCUCUCUCUCUCUCUCUGUGUGUG